UGCCGAAUCUCAUCCCAACUUCGCGAGAGCUUCGUCCUUGGCAUACGCAGGUACGGGGUUGGCUUCGGAAUAGUUAGAUACGCGCCUAUUAUUGCCUGAUAGCUUCUCGCAAAAAAGAAUUUGGCCAGAUAAUCAGGAUCGAUUGCGCAAGAGAUUAGCGAUCUCUUUAGGGCGCAAUUUAACCUCUUACCAGCCAUCGGCUUCGUAACAGGUACAUAAGAUAGCCUACCUGGCGCAUCCAACCACUUCAUAUAGAUAUACAUACCCGAAUUGUCAUUAAACGCCUGCGAUAAUGGCGACCGCUCGUAAGCGCCAGCGCCCGGAGGUAGAGGAGAGUCAAGCCGAAUGUCCUUUCAGCGUUAUUCAUCCCGAUCCGAACGAGAAGGAAAAGAAAGCGAAGCGUAGACGGCAGGAGUCAGAAGAGCAUCCUCAACCUAAGAUAUUACUUCAAGCAUCGCCUUUUUCGCCUAUGGGAAAGUUUAAAGAUCCUAAUAAUACUAUGGACCGACAUUAUCAAGUUCAGCCGUAUCAAAAGUGGAUGGAUAUGACGCGAUACAAUAGUUUUGUCCUGAAUGGUGUUAAGUACUGGAGCGAAGGCUUCAUCUUUGUUGCCAACAGUUCGACGAUCGAGCGCCAGAAAAACCCGGGCGACACCCUGCAGCCGAGAAAGAAGUCAGACGACGAUUGGGUUGCAAGAAUCUUAGAAAUCCGAGCAGCUGAUGAGCAUCACGUUUAUGCCCGCGUAUAUUGGAUGUACUGGCCGGAUGAGCUACCCGCUGGCACACAAGACGGGAAGAAGCUCAUCCAGGGGCGACAGUGGUACCAUGGUGCAAACGAAUUGAUCGCGUCCAAUCACAUGGAUGUAAUCAACGUAGUCAGUGUUACUGCCCAAGCAACCGUAAACCAAUGGGACGAAACAAACGAGGACGAGGUACAACCCGCGCUCUACUGGCGACAAGCUUUCGACGUCCGUAGUAUGGAACUUUCCUCCGCAGAAUUGCGCUGCAAAUGCAACCGACCCGAAAACCCGGAUAAGAGGCUAUUUGGCUGUUCGAACGAGGAAUGUAAAAAGUGGCUUCAUGAUGAGUGUUUGGUACACGAUGCACUUCUGAAGACGUACGAGCGCCUAGGGACCGACAAGCCGCACAAGCCCACACCAGUGAAGGAAGAGGAAGCUAGCGAGGCGGCUAAACGACCACUUAGUCCUAGCGAGACAGGCGCGGCACAAACAGCUGAACAAUCGAUCGAUGUUAAGCCCGAAGAGCAGCAACCGACAAUACAACUUGCUGACGUCGAAAACACUCUUCCGACUAUUAAAGCCAAUAACGCGAGCUCCAAGUCCAAGCAGAGAGGGCGACCUCGCAAGUCGGAAUUAAACAAUCCAACAGCAGUGAAACCAUAUGAAGGAUUGUUUGCGGGUGUGAUUCAUAGUGACCGAAGCCCAUCGGUCCUCGAAAUCACCGAUCUGCGAGAGAACGUGACGGGAGGAGAUAAAUCGUGGACGGAACCACUCCACUGUUUGAUCUGUAAUUGCGAGAUCCAGUAGCGGAUGGUAUUAAUUCGUUAUACACACCUUAAAAAGUUGGACGAGUCUAUAUUGCCGUCGCUUGUGUUUUAUCGGAGAGCCUUGUCCUUCCUGUCUGGCGUUUUAGGGAGCUGUUCAUGAUACCCUGCAUUCCUUUGCGGGGUGAUUGCUUUUGGAUGUUCAGAGGAUGUAGUAAGAAAUUAGGUUGUGAGUUGCGGUAGCUGGAGUAGACUGUAGACUGCAGCUCCGAGCGAGGAUGACGUGAUGAGAGAAAGCUGAGAAUCGUGGGUAUCUCUAGGGGUAAGUAGGUAGGUGAAGCAGACUUGACAAGAGAAUUAGGUAUUAUCGGAUACAUCUACUUGAAGGAUGUAGUUGGCGUGGUCCAUGCCAGUCAGUACGGUAUAAUCGUAGUAGUUCUCGUGGGUUGGCUUUCCGAGUUAAAUCCUGUAUAUAGUACAUAUUAACCAAAGUCACCCGAAAUCUACAUUGAACCAGUUAGUUGCUAGGUAAAAGUGACAGGCAAGACAUGUAAGCCAAGACUUUCACAGGUUUAAUGAGAUUAAGAUCCGAAUAUCGUAAAAAAAUUAAGACUUGAAAGAAAUCCUA